AUGCGUUACUCCAUGAUCCUCGCUGCCAGCGGCCUCCUGGCCACCGUUUCCGGCCACGGCACAGUCACUAAAGUUGUUGGCGCCAACGGCGUCGAGAUGCCCGGUCUUUCCAUCGCCGAUGGUACUCCCCGCGACUGCUCCAGCAACGGCUGCGGCUCGCAAGCAGAUACGGCCAUUAUUCGGGACCGCGAGAUCCAGAGCGGCAAGACGGGCCCUCUCGGCCGCACCCAGGGCAACGGCAACAUCGACGCCUCGACCAUGAUCAACUCCUUCAUGGGCGCUGGCUCUGCCCCCACCAACAACGGCACUGGUGUCGGUGAAGAGGACAACAUCCCCGACAGCGCGAAGGCUCCCGCCAAGCGCUCCAGCAAGUUCUGGCCCCGUCAGUUCAGCCUUGCCGGCCUUCUUGGUGGCGGCGGUGCCGACAAUGCCGCCCAGGGCACCAAGUCCACCGCUGCCGCUGAGACCAUGGUCAAGGCCACCGCCGGAACAGGCGCUACAUCAGGCAUGCCAACCUGUGCCGACGAUGGCACCAUCUCCAUGCAAUUCCGUCAAAUCAACCAGGAUGGCGCUGGCCCCCUAGAGGCGGCCGUUGACGGGACCUCGGGCGGCACCGACGCAGCAGCCUUCAAGGAGGCCGAGGUGACACAGGAUGUUCCCGGCCUGGGCAUUCAGGGGUUGUCGCUCGCCACCAACACCGACUUCGACGUCAAGGUCGCCAUGCCUGCGGGUAUGACGUGUGAUGCCACCGUCGGCCAGGCUCAGAACGUUUGCGUAGCGCGCGUGCGCAACGGGGCGGGAGCCGGACCUUUCGGUGGAUCCGUUGCUUUCACACAGACGCCUGCUGCCCGCAAGCGUGCGAUUGCGUACCGCAUCAAGAAGCGUGCUGAGGACAACCGCCGCAAGGUGAGGUCGUUCAAGGCAUAG